CUUUUGUUGUUGCGCAGUUGUCGAGUCGGGAGGUUUUCGCGGUGGCACUCACAGAAGCUAAGAUGCUAAGCUGGUAUCAGUGAUAUAACAGAGAUUCCGAGUGAAAUAUAGCUUAAUUUGUCACUCAGACUGUCUCUGUCGGUUUUUACUGUUCACGCGUUUUGACUUGACGCCGUGAGAAUGUCAACGUGGACGUUUUUCGGCGUGUUUGCGUCCGUUUUGACUUGAUGUGUACUUUAUGCUAACAUUAGCCUGUUAGCGGCUGCGGACACUCUGUACUUUACUUUCCAUCCAGACAGGAUCCUCUGCAAGAUGUACCUGGUGGGACUGACAGGAGGUAUCGCCUCGGGGAAAAGCACAGUGUCUUCCAUGCUGCGGGAGCUCGGGUGCCCCAUCAUCGACGCCGACGUGGUGGCCAGGAAAGUCGUGGAGCCGCACACGCCCGCCUAUUCCCGCAUCGUGUACCACUUCGGGCCCGAGAUCCUGCUGGAGAACGGAGAGAUCGACCGACAGAAGCUGGGACAGAUCAUCUUCGCCAAUGAGGAGAAGAGGAAGCUGUUGAACUCCAUCACUCAUCCGGAGAUCCAUAAAGCCAUGCUGAAAGAAAUCGUGCUCUUCUUCCUCAGAGGCUAUCGCUACGUGGUGCUGGACGUGCCCCUUCUCUUCGAAACCAGACGGCUCACUCAGUUCCUCAACCACACCGUGGUGGUUUACUGCGACCCCGCCACUCAGCUCUCGCGCCUGAUGCAGAGGGACGGCCUGACCCAGGAGCAGGCCGAGCAGCGCGUGGCGGCGCAGAUGCCGCUCAACGAGAAGCGCGGCCUGGCCAACCACGUCAUCGAGAACUCGGGCGGCAGGGAGGACACCCACCGGCAGGUCCUGCGGCUCCACACCAAGCUGGAGGACUCCAUGGACUUCCUUUUAGUCAGGGUCAUCGCCAUCGCCGCCACCGCCGGCCUGGGCGGGAUCCUGCUGUACGCCGCCAAGAUGCUCUUGUCCUAACAGAGGGAGGGGAGGGG